AUGCCAUCGGAUAAUAUGUUGAGUGCUCUGUAUGUCUCAAUCCAUUGCAUCCUAUGGUCUAUAUGUGUGGCGUAUGUAAUAUACACGUGUGAGACGGGUGGGGCACCGGUGCUCAACGGUAUACUCUCGUGGAAGGGAUGGCUACCUAUUAGUAAACUGACUUACCAGGCUUAUCUCAUUCAUUUACCUACAAACAGUUUACUUAACAAUAGGGACAGCGCGAUCCUGGUGAAAUUGUCAUUUAAGAAAGUUAACAUUGUCAAAUACAUAUCCAAGAAGCUCAAUUUGAUAGGGCUGUGGCCUUGGGAUCAAAUGGGACACCCGUUAGCUACCGGUUUUCAGAACGUUGUGAUGCAAGAUAGCGAAGAGUUCGUCGAGAAUGGUGUCGUCGGCCAGAGUGGAGGUGUCGCCCAAUUCGCACUCAUUUCCCGCAAUCUUAUGGAGUAUUCUUCGCAUAACUUUCCCCGACAUAGUCUUCGGGAGUCCGCUCACCGCUCGGAUCACAUCGGGUUCCGCAAGCGCUCCGAUCCUAUCCCUCGCUGUCAACCAAUCAUCGCAUUUAGUGCCCAAAUCUCAUACAAAUAG